AUUCACGUGAAGAAUCUGAAUCCCGCUUGGAGCAGGUCUAAACCCUCAAACACGUGACCCGUCAGGUCUACGCCGCCCACCUCGCGCUUCUGUCCUCUCACACAAAGAAACCAGCCCACCCCUCCGUUUAAAGCAGCUGCACGAGUCGCUGUCAGCCACAUUUGGUCCCUACUAGUGAUUCAACAUGACGAUGAAGCUGUCGUACUGGGAUAUUCGUGGGCUCGCCCAGCCUGCCCGUCUGCUGCUGGAGUACACUGGUUCCAAGUAUGAGAACAAGUUGUACGUCUGUGGCGAAGCUCCCGGCUAUGACAAGAAGUCCUGGUUGGAUGUAAAAGAUAAACUUGGAAUGGAGUUUCCCAAUCUGCCCUACUUGGAGGAUGGAGACCGGAAGAUAGUGCAGAGCAAUGCUAUCAUGAGAUACAUUGCUCGUAAGCACAAGUUGUGUGGAAAGGGAGAAGAUGCGAAAGUCCGUGUGGACAUGAUGGAGAACCAGGCGAUGGACUUCAGAAACGGCUUUGUGAGGCUGUGCUACUCUGACUUUGACACGCUGAAGCCAGACUACCUGAAGACUCUGCCAGGUGUACUGAAGCAGUUCUCAGAUUUCUUGGGGGAAAAUAAGUGGUUUGCUGGUGAAGAGAUCACUUUUGUAGACUUCAUCCUAUACGAGCUGUUGGAUCAACACAGGAUGUGUUUUCCUGAGUGCCUGGAUGACUUCAAGAACCUCAAAGCUCUUGUAGACAAUUUUGAGGCUCUUGAGAAGAUUGCUGCCUACAUGAAGUCAGACGGAUUCAUAAAGACUCCCGUCAACAACAGGAUGGCCAAGUGGGGAAACAAGAAGGAGUAGAAGGCGAUGACGCCUUAGAGAAACAACAAUGUUCACAAGUGCAACUGUCUCAGUAACUCAUAAAUUGAAGACCAGUGAAAAGAUUGUUUGUUGGAUGUCUUUUUUGAAUAAGCUGUUUACUAGCUGGAUAUGCAGGUUUCAAGUCCUUUAAUCAGGUUUUACACUUUCCCAAACAUUAACGUUCCUGUUAUGAGAACCAUUUUCAGUUGAAUCAGAAUUGUGUAAAAAGAAACCAAAGUUUAAUUUGAGUUAAAGCACUUAAUUUACUAGUCACAAUGUGAUAGAAUUUGUUUUUGUUGGAUUAAAGUGAAAUGUUUGACUUUC